AUGAGUCUAUCUUGUGCUUGUGCGUGCGCAGAGGCGGGCGCGAGCGCCGACGCGUGCUCGCUGACCUUACGCGGGGCGGAGGAGUUCUCGGAGGUGGAGGCACGAGCGGUGGCGGCCUUCGCGCGCAGCCUGGCGCCGCGCCUGCGCCUCUACCUCACGCUGCACAGUUACGGCCCGCUGCUUAUGUUUCCGUGGGGCUACACGACUGACCUACCUGAUGAUGCAGAUGAACUGCUGUGCAAACUUAGCUGCAGCCGCUUGGAAGCCUUCGUGGCACCAAAUGCAUCGUCUGGGUCGAGUCGCGACUGGGCUAAAGGCGAGCUGGGCGUGAAGUACGUGUACACCAUGGAGCUACCGCGCGGGCUCUGGGUUCGACCCUCCCAGAGGACAUCGUGCCGGUGGUGGAGAGACCUUCGAGGCCAUCAAGGUGCUGGGAAAGGCUGCGGGUGGUUCCCUACGACUCUAGAGCAGGGGUUUCGCACACAUUCGUUAGAGUUCCUGUAAAAAAUUCUUAAAAAACAGCCUUUUUAGUAAUUUUUGAAUGAAUUGUCCUAACUGUUGUUUUAGUACUGAGAUUGAAAAGCAAUUUGGGGUAUCGCAGAAGUGUCGAAAUAAUUCUGGGCCUGCGAUAAAGUCGCCAUUGAAAUUUAUUUUUCUAUUCGAAGCAUAUGCGAUAGUCAGCAAACUGUAAAAAAUAUCAAUUCCCUGAACAAUUAGAGAUAAGUUGGUAAACGUCAUUAUAGUGUGUAGUAAGAUAUUUCUAAUUUUGAUAAUGAUGUUUUUAAAAACAUUUGUGAUUUUGGAAUAACGUUACUAUUCAUUUAAAAGUGAAUUCAAGUGUUUAUAAAAAAUAAAGAAUUAAAUAAUAUAUUGUUGUCAUUAUUUUCCGAAAUAUAUCCAAUAAAAUAUUUGUACCUGU